GUCCUUCCAUAUAUAAAUAUGUAUCACCUCCUCCUCUUGAGCCAUUGCACACAUACAUGCACUCUGAGAGAGAGAUCAUUUAAUUUAUAUAUACAAAGAUCGAGGGGAUGAGGAAGUUCCUGGUGCUGGAGAGCACGUCGGCCGGCCGAUCGAACAGGCUGGACGACAUGAAAGGCGACGCUCUCGACUUGGUGAAGGAGAAGCUGGCGGAGCUGCUCCACUUCUUCCAGCACAUCUGGACCUACCUGGUGAGCAAAGCCGACGAGGUGUUCCCCCCCGACACCCGGGCCGAUACGUUCGCCCGCUGGACCCAUAUCGGCCUCGUCUACGGCCUCCCCGCCGCCCUCGCCCUCCUCUGCCUCUACUGCUGCCGCCACUGCCUCUGCAGCUGCCUCUGCAUCCCCUACCGCUGCCUCCGCAGCCUCUGCUGCUGUUGUCGCAGGAUGAUGCGCGCCCCGGGGCGACGCGGCGCGCUCAUUCCCAGGGACGUGUUCGAGAGCGACCCUCGUGGAUACUUCAUAAAUCUCAGAGCAGGAAGGGAGCACGUUUUCUAAGGCCUAGUUCCAGAUUGAGUCGCUAGGCCUAGUUCCAGAUUGAGUCGCUAAUAAAAGCAUCCGUUUUUAUUUCGUUAUUAUUUUAAAAAAAUUCAAAAUAUUUAAAAUAUAAAAAUGAGUGCUUUUAGACAAUACAGUUCUGAAAUAGGCCGACGUGCUAGCUUGACAUGCAUGCGUGGAAUGAGAUCGAUCGAUGAUGUUUGUAUAAUAAUUUAGUAAAGUAAUUUGGAGUCGUGUUGUUGUACACUUUCUUAGUGUAUAUAUCUACAUAUAUAUGGUGCAUCGUUUGCUUUA